UUUAUAAUUGGAUUUAAUUAUGUUAUUGAAAAAUUGCGUCACCUCUAUCUCAAGGUUUGAAAGUGAACGAGCUACAGCUCGAUAUAUGAAUACAAAUUUGCGGUUUCUCUAUUAAAAUGUUGUUUCUAAUAUUGUUUAGUGUGCUAUUACUUUUAUUAUACCGUUACGUUAUAAAACCGGUCAAAUAUUGGGAAGAAAGAAGCGUUGACCAUGAAAGGGCAAUUCCAAUUUUCGGCAGCAUGCUACCGAAUGCAUUGGGGAAAUGUUCAAAUACCGAGUUAUUUCUCGACAUUUACAAAAGACACUCUAAUAAAAGAUACAUUGGGUUGCACAACUAUACCAAACCAUCGUUGUUUGUGAUGGAUCCCCAAUUGAUUAAACAGAUUCUGGUGAAGGAGUUUGAAACCUUCCCCGAACACCUACAAUUUAUUCCUACCGAUGUUGAUCCAUUAUGGAAUAACAAUUUAUUUGCCAUGCCAGGUGGUGAAAAAUGGCACCAGCUGAGAUCAAUUCUAAGCCCGGCGUUUACCAGUAGCAAAUUGAAGGCUAUGUUUAUUUUAAUGAAAGAGUGCUGUAACGGUUUUGUGACUUACUACAAAAGUAAAGGUGGGGAAGUAGAUGUUGACGUUAAAGAGACAUUUACGCGAUUUGGAAAUGACUUAAUUGCAUCAACCGCGUUUGGAAUUACCUGCAACUCACUGACCGAGCCGAAAAAUGAAUUCUAUGUCCUAGCCAAGGAUCUUGUAUUUUUGAGUGCAUUUAGACGACUAACCAUCCUUAUAAAUAUAAUAUCCCCAACGAUUGCAAAGAUUGGAAGAUUCCCUUUCUUCCCAAAGAAAACUAAGGAUUUCUUUACGAGACUCGUCAAAGACACUCUCCAAACACGAAGAGAGAAGAACAUUAUCCGUCAUGACAUGCUUCACCUAUUAAUGGAGUUCCAAAAGGACAACCAUACAUAUCAGGACGAUGCGCACGAUAUGCCCGAAAUGGGUUAUGCGCCAGUCGAAGACACAAACUUCGGAAAAACACAACGAACAAUAAAGCUUGAGAUUACCGACGACAUUAUAACCUCUCAGGUUAUGAUUUUCUUCUUUGCCGGUUUCGAGACUGUAUCUACGAUGAUGAGUUACACCAUUUAUGAAUUAGCGCUUAAUUCCGAUAUCCAAGACAGAUUGCGGAACGAAGUUGACGCCGCUUUUAAAUCAGGCAAUGGAGAGCUAACGUACGAUAAACUAAUGGAGUUGAAAUAUUUGGACAUGGUUAUCUUAGAGUCCUUGAGAAAAUGGCCACCUUUUAUAUUACUCGACAGAAGUUCUGUUCGCCCUUACACGAUUGAACCGAAUGAACCAACCGAAUCGCCGCUUCUUCUCGAGAAGGAUAUUAGUGUCAUUUUUCCAAUUUUCUCCAUACAAAGAGAUCCUAAGUACUUUCCCAACCCCGAUAAGUUUGAUCCGGAAAGGUUCAGUGAGGAAAAUCGGAACAAUAUUAUACCGUACACCUACAUUCCUUUCGGCGCCGGUCCUAGAAACUGCAUUGGGUCACGUUUCGCGUUAUUGGAAGGUAAACUGAUUGUAGCGGAAAUUGUGCGAAAUUUCGAAAUUGUUCGCAUUGAAAAAACACAAGUUCCAAUCAUUUACAGCAAAACGAUUUUUAACCCUCUGCCAGAUGAUGGAAUUUGGGUGGGACUGCAACAGCGAAAGUUCGAGUGAACUCGUCGUAUGUUGUGGAAAUAUUGGGCGAUUCAUUACAUCCAGAUCAGCGACAAAGCACAUUAGGAAAUGUUGUAUUACAUUAUGUGAUUCUUUUUUUUAGAUAUUAGCACAGAUUAACUACAUUGCAGUGUACCUAAUCUGUGGCAAUACUAAAGGAGAAUAUAGAAAAUGACUUCUAUUUUCUUGCAUGGACGUUUGUAGAUAAUAUGUACCUACGAAGUCGACAGUAUGCAAGUAUUACAGUGAUACCUAUGAUAUUGAUAGGAGGUAAGCUGAGCCACCAUGGCCUAAUACGUUAUAUACUCUUUGCUAAUAUUGAA